UGAUCUCCCUCUGCCUAGGGGAAUCGGAGGCGCAAAGGACUGAGAAUAAGAGGAGAGCUCAGGAUGAAGACAUAGCCUUGGGGACCGGUAGAAAAAUGAGGCUGGAGUCCCUGCUGCAGCUGGUAUUGCUGCUCUCCCUGCCCAGGAGUCUGGGGGGCAGGGGGUGUCCAUCUCCACCCUGCGAGUGCCACCAGGAGGACGACUUCAAAGUCACCUGCAAGGAUAUUCACCGCAUCCCCAGCCUACCGCCCAGUACGCAGACUCUGAAGCUCACAGAGACUCGUCUGAAAACCAUUCCCAGUCUUGCAUUUUCAAAUCUGCCCAAUAUUUCCAGGAUCUACUUAUCUAUAGAUGGAACUCUGCAGCGGCUGGAAUCACAUUCCUUCUACAAUUUGAGCAAAAUGACUCACAUAGAAAUUCGAAACACCAGAAGCUUAACUUUCAUAGACCCUGAUGCCCUGAGAGAGCUCCCCCUCCUCAAGUUCCUUGGCAUUUUCAACACCGGACUUAGAAUAUUCCCUGACCUGACCAAAGUUCAUUCCACCGAUGUAUUCUUUAUACUUGAAAUUAUGGACAACCCUUACAUGACUUCAAUCCCUGUAAAUGCAUUUCAGGGACUGUGCAAUGAAACCUUAACACUAAAACUGUACAACAAUGGCUUUACUUCAAUCCAAGAACACGCUUUCAAUGGGACGAAGCUGGAUGCUGUUUAUCUAAACAAGAAUAAAUACCUGACAGUUAUUGACAAAGAUGCAUUUGGAGGAGUAUACAGUGGACCAACCCUCUUGGACGUGUCUUACACCAGUGUUACUGCCCUGCCGUCCAAAGGCCUGGAGCACCUGAAGGAACUGAUAGCAAGAAACACUUGGACUCUUAAGAAACUUCCACUUUCCUUGAGCUUCCUUCACCUCACACGGGCUGACCUUUCUUAUCCCAGCCACUGCUGUGCUUUUAAGAAUCAGAAGAAAAUCAGAGGAAUCCUUGAGUCCUUGAUGUGUAAUGAGAGCAGUAUCCGGAGUCUGCGUCACAGAAAAUCUGUGAAUGGUCCCAUCUACCAGGAAUAUGAAGAAGAUUCGGGUGAUAGCAAUGUUGAAUACAAGCCAAACUCCAAGUUCCAGGAUAUACACAGCAACUCCCAUUAUUAUGUCUUCUUUGAAGAGCAAGAGGAUGAGAUCAUUGGUUUUGGCCAGGAGCUCAAAAAUGCCCAAGAAGAGACUUUACAAGCCUUUGACAGCCAUUAUGACUACACUGUGUGCGGGGACAAUGAAGACAUGGUGUGUACCCCCAAGUCAGACGAGUUCAACCCCUGUGAAGACAUAAUGGGCUACAAGUUCCUGAGAAUCGUGGUGUGGUUUGUUAGUCUGCUGGCUCUUCUGGGCAAUAUCUUUGUCCUGUUCAUUAUCCUCACCAGCCACUACAAGCUGACCGUCCCACGCUUUCUGAUGUGCAACUUGGCCUUUGCAGAUUUCUGCAUGGGGAUAUACCUGCUUCUCAUUGCCUCUGUGGACCUCUACACGCACUCUGAGUACUACAACCAUGCCAUCGACUGGCAGACAGGUGCUGGGUGCAACACAGCUGGUUUCUUCACUGUCUUUGCCAGCGAGUUGUCCGUGUACACACUGACGGUCAUUACCCUGGAGCGCUGGUAUGCCAUCACCUUUGCCAUGCGCCUGGACCGGAAGAUCCGCCUCAGGCAUGCCUAUGUCAUCAUGGUUGGCGGCUGGGUUUGCUGCUUCCUGCUUGCCCUGCUCCCUCUGGUGGGAAUAAGUAGCUAUGCCAAGGUCAGCAUCUGCCUGCCCAUGGACACUGAGACCCCUCUUGCUCUGGCGUACAUUGUUCUUGUUCUGUUGCUCAAUAUCGUGGCCUUCAUCAUCGUGUGCUCCUGCUACGUGAAGAUCUACAUCACGGUUCGAAAUCCCCAGUACAACCCUGGAGACAAAGACACCAAAAUUGCCAAAAGGAUGGCUGUGCUGAUCUUCACCGACUUCAUGUGCAUGGCGCCAAUCUCCUUCUAUGCCCUGUCGGCACUUAUGAACAAGCCUCUCAUCACUGUCACCAACUCCAAAAUCUUGCUGGUUCUCUUCUAUCCACUGAACUCCUGUGCCAACCCAUUCCUCUAUGCCAUUUUCACCAAGGCUUUCCAGAGAGAUGUGUUCAUCCUGCUCAGCAAGUUUGGCAUCUGUAAACGCCAGGCUCAGGCAUACCAGGACCAGAGAGUUUGUCCAAAGAACAGCACUGGUGUUCAGAUCCAUAAGGUUACCAGGGACAUGGGACAGAGUCUCCCCAACAUGCAGGAUGCCUAUGAACUGCUGGAAAAUUCCCACCUAACUCCAAAUAAACAGGGCCAAAUCUCAGAGGAGUAUAAGCAAACAGUCUUGUAAGUUGAUCCCAUAACCACUCACAUAUGGUAGGGGGACUUAUAACAGGCUGGUGUCUUGAACAUGCACUCCAAUCUCAUGACACACAAACACACAGCUGACCUGACCUUUGUGCAGGUGAUGGUUCAUGAGGUCAUAGUUCAUCUCUGGAGAGUGACUAGCAUUAAACUAAUCACCGCCCCCAAGAAGGAAGAGAAGCCACCAGCACCAUCGGAAUCACAGGUGAUGUGAAAACAAUCUGGGUUCUCUGGAAGACGUGCUUCAUGCUAA